UCAACUGGUACUACUUUUCUUGAGACAAGAAAAAAUGGCCAGAAAUAAAUUGCUAAUACUUUUACUGCUCUGUUUGAUAAGCACCAGCUUCUCGAAGCCAACAUGUGACGAUGACGACGAUGACUGCAAUGACUGCAACAACGGAGGGGGGAAUAACGGAGGUGGGGACAACGGAGGCGAUAAUGGAGGCGGAAACAACGGUGGCAAUAACGGAGGCGGUAACAACGGUGGCAAUAACGGAGGAGGGAAUAAUGGAGGUGGAAACAAUGGAGGAGGGAAUAAUGGAGGUGGAAACAACGGAGGAGGGAAUAACGGAGGAAACAAUGGGGGUAAUAACGGAGGAAACAACGGUGGUGGGAAUAACGGAGGCGGAAACAACGGAGGUAAUAAUGGAGGUGGGAAUAACGGCGGUGGGAACAAUGGUGGCGAUAAUGGUGGUAACUGUGGCAAUAAUGGCGGUAACAACGGAGGCAAUAAUGGAAAUAAUGGAGGUAACAAUGGAGGAAAUAACGGAGGUAACAACGGGGGCAACAAUGGAGGCAAUAAUGGUGGGAACAACGGAAAUAACGGGGGAAAUAAUGGCGGAAACAACGGAGGGAACAAUGGCGGAAAUAACGGAGGUAAUAAUGGAGGAAACAACGGAAACAACGGGGGAAAUAACGGCGGAAACAACGGUAACAACGGUGGUAACUGCAAUAACGGCGGCAAUAAUGGCAACAACGGUGGCAAAUGCGACAAGAAGGGCAAAUGCAAUGGAAGCGGCGGAGGCGGCGGGGGUGGUGGAGGGAACGGGGGCAGCGGGGGCACCGGAGGGGGCGGUGGUGGCGCGCCCGGGGCGAUACCCUCUGGCCUUCUGUCGGGGUUGGGGGUUGUACUUAAGAAUGCUCUCGGCUAAACAGCUGAGUGCUUUGUUACGAGAAAGCU